AUGUAUCGUGUAACAGGUAAACCAAAACCGCCGUUAGGUAUACGAAUUGGUAAUGAAAAUUACAAUACUCAAAGAUCAACAAUUCGAUCAUUAUCGAAUAUAAAUGGCUAUGAAUGUAUUCAAUUGAACGGACAACGUACUUGGAAACGAUUGAAUGAUGAUUUGCAUGGAAUGAAUGUACGUGAACCAUCAUUAGAUUGUGAAAUUUUUGUUGGUAAAAUACCAUUUGAUGUAUUUGAAGAUGAAUUAAUUCCAUUAUUAUCUCAGGCUGGCACUUUACAUGAACUGCGAUUAUUGAUUCAAUUUAAUGGAAAUAAUCGUGGAUAUGCUUUUGCACGAUUUACAACAAUCGAGGAAGCUAAAAAAGCUAUUGAAAUGUUUGAUAAUUAUGAAAUUCGUUACAACAGAAAACUUGGAUUAAUGUUUGCAAUCCAGAAUACAACUUUAUACUUGAGAAAUAUACCUAAACAUGUUUCAAUUGAAGAAAUAGUGAAAUUAAUACGUCAAAAUACGAAAGGUAUUGUAACAGUGAAUAUCUUUAGUGGUUUCUCGAAAAAAUCUGUAACAAUUACAUAUGAAUCACAUCGUGAUGCAACAUUAGCUCGCAAACAAAUUAUUUCGGAUGCGAUACUAGAAUGGAAUACUAAUUUAUGUAUAGAUAUUAAUGGACCGCCAUCCUCAUUAUCGGAUAAUGAGAACGGUUUUUUGUCAUCUUCAUCUUCUUAUUCUGAAUCAUUAUCAUCGACAGAUAAUUAUAACGAUGUGCCGUCAUUAUCGAAAAAUCGACACAAUGAGAGCGAUUUUUCGACAUCUUUUUAUUCUGAACCAUUAUCAUCGAUAAAUAAUUAUAACGAUGUGCCAUCAUUAUUGAAAAAUCGACGUAAUGAGAGCGGUUUUUCGACAUCUUAUUAUUCCGAACCAUUAUCAUCGACAAAUAAUUAUAACAAUGCGCCAUCAUUUUCGGAAACUCGACGUUAUGAAAUCGGUUUUUCGACAUCUUUUUAUUCUGAACCAUUUUCAUCGACAAAUAGUUAUAACAAUGCGCCAUCAUUAUCCGAAAAUCGACGUAAUGAGAGCGGUUUUUCGACAUCUUUUUAUUCUAAACCAUUUUCAUCGACAAAUAGUUAUAACAAUGCGCCAUCAUUAUCCGAAACUCGACGUAAUGAGAGCGGUUUUUCGACAUCUUUUUAUUCUGAACCAUUUUCAUCGACAAAUAGUUAUAACAAUGUGCCAUCAUUAUCGGAAAAUCGACGUAAUGAGAGCGGUUUUUCGGCAUCUUUUUAUUCUGAACCAUUUUCAUCGACAAAUAGUUAUAACAAUGCACCAUCAUUAUCGGAAAAUCGACGUAAUGAGAGUGUUUUUUCGACAUCUUUUUAUUCUGAACCAUUUUCAUCGACAAAUAAUUAUAACGAUAUGCCUUCAUUAUCGGAAAAUCGACGUGAUAAGAGCGGUUUUUCGACAUCUUUUUAUUCUGAACCAUUUUCAUCGACAAAUAGUUAUAACAAUGCGCCAUCAUUAUCGGAAAAUCGACGUAAUGAGAGCGGUUUUUCAGCAUCUUUUUAUUCUGAACCAUUUUCAUCGACAAAUAGUUAUAACAAUGCGCCAUCAUUAUCGGAAAAUCGACGUAAUGAGAGCGGUUUUUCGACAUCUUUUUAUUCUGAACCAUUUUCAUCGACAAAUAGUUAUAACAAUGCGCCAUCAUUUUCGGAAACUCGACGUUAUGAAAGCGGUUUUUCGACAUCUUUUUAUACUGAACCAUUUUCAUCGACAAAUAGUUAUAACAAUGCGCCAUCAUUAUCGGAAAAUCGACGUAAUGAGAGCGGUUUUUCGACAUUUUUUUAUUCUGAACCAUUUUCAUCGACAAAUAGUUAUAACAAUGCGCCAUCAUUAUCGGAAAAUCGACGUAAUGAGAGCGGUUUUUCGACAUCUUUUUAUUUUGAACCAUUUUCAUCGACAAAUAAUUAUAACGAUAUGCCAUCAUUAUCGGAAAAUCGACGUGAUAAGAGCGGUUUUUCGACAUCUUUUUAUUCAAAUCCAUUAUCAUCGACAAAUGAUUAA